GCACUCUUCUGUUCCCAAAUUCCUGCAGCACCCUCUUUUUCUUUUACUUUCCUUUGUGUUCUUUUGAGCUUCACAACAAGGACAACGCGUCACAAAACUUGCUUGUCUUGACUAUUGAUAUUGCUCAAAACCAGAAAACCUAAGGAAUGGCGCCAGACGGGGAAUCUUUUGCUCUUGGCACCUACAAUCUCUCCAUUGCGGGAGACAAGCUGCUCGUACGAGACAAGGCCACCACAGCCAAGUCGAAAUCAAGCAGAUCUUGCUUCAGCUCUGGCAAUGCCACCAAAAAACGAGGCAUACCACUAUACAAUAUCCUCUGGGCCGAAGUGUCCGGUGACAGUCUGGUCAUAGACUAUGCUGAGAACGUAUCCAAAACGAAAGUACGCCCCUCCAAGAUAAGCAUACCUCUGCCACUGGCGACGACAGCAAAGGACGCUACCGACGUUCCGACAACGUCAGAAUCUGGCAAUUCUGGCGCGCAGCCUUCCUCCCCAGCCGCCCAGGCAUCUGCCUGGGCAGCAUCCCUCCUCGACCAAAGUUAUGACCCCUCGGCCACGCGGCGGAAACGAGCGUUCGUGAUCAUCAACCCUCACGCAGGCCCUGGUGGCGCAAUGCGCAAGUUCGAGACACAAGUACGCCCCAUAUUCCUCGCAGCCCGCAUGCAACUCGAGGUCGCCACAACAACAAGGAGAGGGGAAGCGGAGGAGAUAGUGCAAAAGCUAGAUCUCGACAAGUACGACAUUAUUGCUGUUGCGUCCGGCGACGGCCUGGUGUACGAGACGUUUAACGGACUUGGCCGACGACCAGACGCUCAAGAAGCUCUGAGGAGCGUCGCUGUGGUGCACAUACCUUGCGGGAGCGGCAACGCCAUGGCUUGCAACCUCUAUGGUACACAUAAGGUGUCUCCUGCGGCUCUGGCUGCAGUCAAGGGCGUGCCUACGCCUUUGGAUCUUGUCAGCGUCACGCAGGGGAACACGCGAACCCUCAGCUUCCUCAGCCAGGCAUUGGGUGUCAUUGCAGAGUCUGACCUGGGGACAGACAACCUGCGGUGGAUGGGGUCUGCACGUUUUACAUAUGGCUACAUCACGCGUGCGGUUAAGCGAGCCGUUUACCCUUGCGACAUCUCUGUCAAGGUGGAGAUCGAUGAUAAGGCCAGGAUCAAAGAGCACUAUGCCAGACACCGCCCAUGCAGGCCCUCUGCGGCUCAACCCAUAAAGGCAGAUUCUGUUGUUGAUGGUAAUGUGGGAAACGAAGUUGGGGAAGGCCUACCACUGUUGAAGUAUGGUACAAUCAACGAUACAGUUCCCGAGGGAUGGGAAACAUUCUCAUACGACAAUAUGGGACAGCUCUACUGUGGAAACAUGGCCUACAUCAUGCCUAACAGUAACAUUUUCUCCGCGGCCUGCAUCAACGACGGAAUGAUGGACCUCGUGACGGUCGAUGGUGACAUCUCGCCGUAUAAAUCAUUGGAGCUGAUGACGCUCGUCGAGAGCGGCAAGUUCUUCGACGACCCUCGUGUCAGGUACCGCAAGAUAUCAGCAUAUCGCGUCACCCCUCGCAACCAACCAGACGGCUACAUCAGCAUCGAUGGUGAGGGCGUCCCGUUCGCCCCCUUUCAAUGCGAGAUUCACCGAGGUCUCGGUCUGGUCCUCUCUAAAGCCGGGACAUAUGAGGCCCCUGGCCCGAUAAACUGGGAGAAGGUGUCGGUGAAUAGGCCAUAGUGGCAGGCCCACUGGUCCCCUGACGUGGGUCGUGUUCUUCCUAUAUCCUUGAGGUCUUUCUCAUUGAUUUGAUAUGAAAUUGUUUCAUUUGCAACUUUGAACCCUUCGAACUCCAGUGAGUUGGCCAAGAAACCAUUUGAAGGGGCAAAGCAGUCGCUAGAAGGAUAACUCUAAGCGAAAUAAGAUACCCUAAUUUGAGUCUUUUGUUCUUGUUUUUUUUUUUUUUUUUUUUUUUUUUUUUUUUUU